AUGGAAUCACGGCGUAAGCGAGUGGAGCAAAAGGGCCGCUUUACUAUUACUGAGAUCAUUCCUGGCUCACCAUAUUCUUCCCAUGGAUCUUCUUCACCUACAUUUCUGGAUGAUACACCAAUAUCUUCUAGUAAUGAUUGUGGUGGAAUGGCAACGAUUCAACCAAUCUCUCAUCAGCAAUUAAAUGCUGUCGAGAGCAAUAAUCCCAUACAACUUGUUGUAAACCAAAUUGUAGAGCUAAAGAUGGAAGAAACAUCUGAUCAUUUGUAUACACAGACUGAAAGAGUGACAGAAUCUUCUUUUGUAUCGAAUAAAACAAGUGUCCUGAUUGCUUCAGAAACACAAGCUGUUGCAAUUGAUCCAACAUGUAAAGUUAUGACUUCUGUAACUACUUGUGCUGCUUCAGCUUCGGGAGACUUGUUGCAAAAGUACUCGUCUCCUAAGAAAAGCCGUGAAGGCGUGCAGCGAGCUCGACGGAUCAAGCGUAGAGGACGCUUCACCAUUAUCGAAAUGGCAUCUGACUCGCCAACAUCUAAGAAAGAUUCUGACGAAUUGUAUGAUCAUCGUUUCGUCACUACAACUUCAGUCGAAGGAUCUUCUGGUGAAAGUCCUCCGCAGCAACUUAGUCGCAGCCUCGAUUCCAUGGAGCGUCGCACUAAGCCAAAGCGUGCGACUCGGUCAAUGCCUCGUCUUCGGCAGCCUUCGUCCGUGCGUCGUUCGAGACGACGAAGCGCAAGUCCAGCUCGUGAGCUCGUUGAACCCAUGGACGUGGUAGGUCUCACUGGAAAUCAGCAAGACAGUGCUGAACACGCGGCUGAGAACACGGAUGUUUUGGAUAGAAUAACUUUAACAAGUGCUAUUGACGUUGGUACUGGUGCCUCAAAGAUACCACAUGCCAGCGCAUCAGUAUCAAUGACUUGUCUAACGAUUCCCAAUAGCGAGAGGACUGCCACGGACGCUUCGUCUGCUGUUCGUCCUACUGCGCCGUCUUCGCAGGUCAUAAAUGUUUCUGAAACGAACGGCAACAUUGUUGGGCUACCACAAUCAUCAUCAAUGGCGAUAUCCGUUGAGCAGUUUUUACAGCAGCAGCAAACGAUUGCCUCGCUAAUUCGACAACAACACGAUCUAAAGCAGGUCAUCGGCGUGCUUCAGGAGCAACAAGAACAACUGAUGUCCAUUCCGUCGCAAAUCAAUGAGCUCAAUAGUCAAAGCGCACGCAUGAACAGUGACUGGACCAGAGACGACGAAACGCAAGAACUUAGCAUGAAGGUUCAAUCGUUAAUGCUUGCUAAUGAAUCUCUGCAUUCAAUGCUCAAUGCUGCGGAGCGGGAGGUGCGUCGCCGCAAUUUGCAAAUAGAGUGCUUGUCGGAAGAGAAUGAUGAGCUACGUCAGCGCUGUGGACAGCUAGAGCUAUUUUUGGAAACCGAAGACUAA